AUGGAAACUGAAUCUCCAGUUAUGAAGAAAUAUCCAAUUGAAAAUAUUUUGAAUGAUGCAUCUGGUUUAUUAAAAAAGGUAUUAUAAGUUUCACAUAAAAGAAUGGAAAUCGAAAAGUCAUCUUAUUACUUGACAAACAUUUCAUGAGUUACUCUCAUAAUGAAAUGAAUACACUCAAUAUCCAAAUCAGUAGAAGAUUAAUUAGAGCAGCAUAAAAUUUGUUAAAUGAAUAUAUUCAUGGAGAUAAUAUAACAAAAGUAGAUUUAUUACUUGAUAGAUGCAAUUUGUAUACAGCAGUAAUAUACAUCAACAUUCAAAGAAUGUUAAAAAAUGAGAGAGGAACUGAACAUUUCGAAGAAUUAAGUUCUUCAUAGAUUGAAUAAAAAAUAGGAUUGAAUAGAUUAAGAUAAAGAAUUCGAUAAACUAUUUGUAUACCUGGAAGUUUAAUUAAGGUUACCCAUCUAAGCAGACUUAAGGAGAAAACAAAAAGUAUAAGCUAUGAAUAUGAAUAGUUAAGUUUUAUUUAAGUGAAUGUUGGGUAUUGUUAAUGAAACAAUUAAUUUUAUAUGCUAGAAUGUUUAAAAUUACUAAUGAAGUACCUAAUAGUUUAAAAAUGAUCCAUAAAAUUGAGAAGUUCUUAUAAAUUAAAGAAAUUAAUAAUACAAAUAAUAUUGAAUUAAUCAAAAUAUUUGUAGAUCAUUAUUAAAAUUUUGGAUAACUCUAUUUUUAAUUAUGUGAAUUUAAAAAUUCAUUAAAAUAAUAUGAAAUUGCAUAUUCAUAUUUACACUAAUUGAUUUUUAUCAUUUUAAAAAAAAGAAAUACUCCAAAUGUUAUUGAUGAUUCAGAUCUAUUACCAGUUUAACCAUAUAUCAUGAAAUUAAUAAUGAUAUUAUAUCUUUAAUCAUUUUGUUAUGAAUAUCUCUCUGAAUAUUCAAAAAUGAAGGAAUGUAUUCAUUUAGCUUAAUGGUUUUGUAAUGAAAUCUUGAGAUUAGAAGAUGAACAUUAAUUAAGAAUUCUUAUAUUUAGUAGAGCCUAAGAUAUAUAAAAAUAUAUUGAUAAUAUUUUGGCAGAAUGUGAAAUUAGACAUAUAAUAUUUACAUGUUUAUCUGAUGACACAAUUCCUGAAAUCAAAGCAAUCUCAUAAUAAGUUAAAGAUGAUUAUUAAAAAGCCCUAAAUGAAAAAUUCUAUCUCAAAUUACGAAUUGAAUAACUUAACAAAUAAUAGUUUUUCAAAUUAAAUCCUAUUCCUGUUAAACCUCCAUCACCUUAUCUAUUAUAUAAUGUACCCAAAGGUAGUAGAACAGAAAGAGAACUUACAUAAUAAUAAUUUUCUAAAAAUUAUUAAUCUUUCACUACUCAAGAUGGAUAUGAUUAACAUAAAUUAAUAACUUCUGAUAGUGAAUCAAAAUUAAUUAAAUAAAAUUCUAUAUCAUCUUUUUCAAGAAGGACUAGACCAACAGAUUUUACCUAAUAUUGUAGAACUGAAUAAUCAGAUUAUCCUAAAUUAGAUUCAGAAUUAGCAGGUGUUAUUGUUAAUUAAUUAAAAAAAGAAUAAGCUUUCUAUUCACUUGCUGACAUUGAAAGAACAUGUAAAGAUGAACUAAAUGAAAAUGAAAGAUAACAAUAGGAUUAUGAAUUAGGUAAAGCCAUCUUAUUGUUUAAAAGAUAAUUUAGUAAAAAUGCAAUAGCUGAACCUAAAGAAACUGAUUCAUUAAAAUAAUUGAAUAAUGAAAUUAAGACUGAAUUUUAAUUAAUUUCUGGAUAUUUGGAAGCUUAAGAAAGAUUAAAAAAGAAAAGAUAAUAAUAAUAAUUAAUUGAAUAAUCACUCAAACCUAAACCUAAAACUAAAACUCCAUUUAGAAAAAUACUAAUCAAACAUUGCAAUACUUUAGGUUUAAAAUAGACAAAAAAGAAAUUAUUAAAUUUAGAAGAAGAAUCUGCUCUAAUGAAAUUAUAUUAAAAGAUAUCUGGAUAGAAAGAAGAAUAAAAGCCUUAAAUUAAUGAAGAAUAAAUUAUAAGGAAUAUGAUUUAAACAAAUUUAAAUGUAUUUAUUUACAUAUUAUUCAAAAGGCAAUUAAAGUUAUUAUGGAUGAUAAUUAAAAAGCAUAGGAAACUGCUUAAAAAUAAUUAAAAUCACGAAGACAUACUUCUGAAUAAAUACAAUCUAAACAUGAAAAAUCUCCUUAAAAUUGUUAAUUCAGAGAAACCUUCAAAGGUCUAGCUGGAUCAACAUAAUACUUAAGUACUAAAGGAUAGGCUACCAAAAAUGUAAUUUCUUUGGUAGAAUUAGCAAAUAUAAAAAGAAAGAUGAAUCAAUUAGAAUCUAAAAAAGCUGUCAGAUACUCAGAAUUAUUUCGGAGUUAAUUGUGA